AUGCAAAAUAGCGAUCUGUCUAUGUUUCUUCAUCCUCAGACUUCCUUAGCCAAUCAUAAGGUAACUGUUGUUAUGGCCUGGUCUGUUUCGGAAUAUAUUUUUUGCAGUUACCUUCUACUCAACAGAGCCAAUUUCUGGCCCAAGUUUUGAUUGAAACUCUUCAAAACUGGUGCAUGCAAUUGUUUUGGAUGACCGUCUUCUGUGUCAUGAAUUGCUGCGGAGACGAAGAACAACCAAAAAGUCAAAUGCGUUAUUCUGCUCCUGCUGCAGAAUAUCAACCAAAAAAUAGAAUUGAAGAUAUUGAAAAGAAAGUACGUUUUUCCCAUGCAAAUAUAAGGUAUAUAAAACAUUAUUUUGCAGAUGCUCCGCCACCUAACUUCUCCCAUGAUUGCUGGACCACUUCGACCAGUUCGUACACUGAAGCGUCGAAUCUCUUCAAAACCACCGAGCGCCCAACUUUUCGAUAUUAUGGAAGAAGAGUGA